AUAUUGACCCGGAAGUAUUUCUUUUAUCUACUCACAUGUGGACUGCGAUUUUUAACACUGACGGGAACGUGCUUACUGUGUUGUGAUACAACCAGGAUAGACAAGCAACUAAUGAAACCCACGAUGCCCUAAACAUAGAAUUCUAUACAUUAUUCAAGUUAGCAUUUCGACAGUCGUCAACUUCUGUACUUACCGCAUGUAAUCGUUUGUAUGAUGGAAAAUUUAGAACUGAGCUUGUCAUCAUUGGGUACAAUCUCAAGGCAUAUUGAGAAAAGUCACAACGAACUCACCAAGUAUUUGACUAAGCAGAUAUGGAGCCAGCAAGACAGGCAAUGCAUUUUGGGGUGUUUAGCUCAUCUCCUGUUAGAGAAAGAGUACACGCUGCUGAUUGCCCGUCACUUGCGGCCUUUGAUUCUGGAUCUGUUGGAGAGGAAUGCCGAGAGAGUCAAAGCAGAUGGCCGGCUGAAUCAUGAUUUACAUGAACGCUUAUGUGUGGCUCUCAGCAAGCUCCUGAACUUCAAUCCUGACGCACAAGCGUUUGCCACAAGAUAUUUCAGCACUGCACCCCCAGUUUUCCAAAGGCUCUACUUCACAAGCGAGGAGUCAUCAUCCAUCCAGUAUGGACCCCGGCGGAUGAAGCUGCGGGACUUGAUGGGGGCCACCCUGCAUUUCCUCCAGAGUGACUGUGCCAAGUACAGAGUCCUUUGGGACUGGAGCGCUUGUGUGUCUCAGCUGUUCACCAGUGAUGUUAUGGUCCGCUGUUACACCACACAGUGCCUGGCCUUGGUAUCCCACAUGACAGACAAUCAGAAAACAAUCUUCCUGCGAAAGGUCUUGUCAAGUGAAGAAAUUCUCCAUCUCAAAAUGAAGUCACUUGAGGAGAUGCAACAAUUGGAGGUAGAAAAAGUCCUUGUAUUGGCUAAUCAAGGUUCUGUUAUGUGGCGCAAAGAAAAGGCUAAUCGAUACACUCGAGGCCAGGUGGUGUCUGAGGACCUUUCCCAGAAUGUUGUGGCUGUCUGUGGAGUGGUGUUGCCCAAGAUGAAACAACAAACUGAAGAGCCGAUCUUUUUGAAGGAUUUGGUUCUGGUGGAUUCAACUUGUCGGAACCUGCGGAGACUCUCUAUCGCGGUAGCCUCACAGAAAGCUGUGCUGUUAGAAGGUCCCAUCGGUUGCGGUAAAACCACCCUUGUGAAAUAUCUUGCUGCUGUGACUGGGCAUGUGAAAGCCCCUGAAAUCCUCAAAGUUCAACUGGGAGAUCAAACCGACAGCAAGAUGUUGCUUGGCAUGUACCGAUGUACAGACGUCCCCGGGAAGUUUGUGUGGCAGCCUGGCUCUCUGACACAAGCUGUUUCAAAGGGCUACUGGAUCCUGCUGGAAGACAUUGACCACGCUCCUCUUGAUGUGAUAUCCGUACUACUUCCUUUAAUGGAAAACAGGAAGUUGACAAUUCCUGGACGGGAGGACUGUAUCCAAGUGGCACCUGGCUUUCAGUUUUUUGCAACAAGAAGGAUGUUCUUCAGCGGUGGAAGCUGGCACAGGCCCGCAAGCACUCACGCAGCACUGCUGGACAAAUACUGGACCAAACUGCAGAUAGGGAAUAUGCCCAGAGAAGAACUCAAGCAGGUUUUGGUGAAGAGGUAUCCAAGCUUAACCGUGGUGGUGGAUCGCCUGCUGGACAUUUACUGCCAGCUGACCGGAGACAGACACACCGGUCCAGCCGCGGCGGGAGUUGGUUCCAGUCUACAGGCGAUGGAAGUGGAGCAGCACAGGCCGGAUGAUGGGGCGGCAGCCCUGGAGGGCAGGGGACUCUCUCUGAGAGAUCUACUGAAGUGGUGUGAGAGGAUCUUCGACAACUUUGACAACUCCUCAUCUGCCACUGCACAGAAGGUCUUCCUGGAGGCUCUGGACUGCUUCACCGCCAUGCUCUCCAAACCUGAGAGCAGACUGAGGAUGGCCGAGGUCAUCGGCUGCAAGCUCAACAUCUCCAAAGAGAAGGCCCAGCACUUCUGCCAGAUGUACCAGCCGGGCAUCAGCCUGACGGAGCUGGAUGUGACUGUGGGCAGGGCCACGGUGGAGCGGAAGCAGAGCGAAGUGGUUCGUAUCAUUGUAGAGAAUCAGACCUUUGCUGCCACCCGGCCCUCCGCCGUGCUGCUGGAGCAGCUGGCUGUGUGUGUCACCAAGGGGGAGCCCAUCCUGCUGGUAGGAGAGACAGGCACGGGCAAAACCUCCACUGUGCAGUACCUGGCGGGUCUGACAGGGCACCGAUUGCGGGUUAUAAACAUGAAUCAGCAGAGCGAUACAGCUGACCUUUUAGGAGGGUAUAAGCCAGUAGACCAUAAGCUGAUUCUGCUGCCCUUGCGCGAGGCGUUCGAGGAUCUGUUUGCCCAGACCUACUCCCGCAAGCAGAACCUGACUUUCCUGGGCCACGUGCAGACCUGCUUCAGGAGCAAGCGUUGGCAGGACCUGCUCAAGCUCAUGGACCACGUCUGCAAGUCUGCUCUCACUAAGGAGCUCCACGACAAACCUAAUGCUUUGUUGCAGGAGCAGUGGGAGGUUUUGUCCCAGAGGCUGGUUCAGACGCAGGAGCAGAUCAGGGCAUGCGAAUCUGCGCUAGUCUUUGCCUUCGUGGAGGGAACGCUCGCCCAGGCGGUGAAGAGAGGAGAGUGGGUGCUGCUGGACGAGAUCAACCUGGCUGCAGCAGAGACUCUGGAGUGCUUGAGCGGUCUUCUGGAGGGGAGCACAGGAUCUCUGGUGCUUCUGGACCGAGGCGACACCGAGCCGUUGAUGCGCCACCCAGGCUUCCGCCUGUUUGCCUGCAUGAACCCCGCCACCGACGUAGGCAAGAGAAACCUGCCGCUUGGGAUCCGGAACAGGUUUACUGAGCUGUUUGUGGAGGAGCUGGAAAAUGAAUCGGACUUGCGCAUCCUUGUAGCAGAUUACCUGAAAGGCCUUAAUUUGAGCAAGAGUGUCAUCAAUGGAAUCAUAAGCUUUUACCUCACGAUUCGUGAGGAGGCCCACACCCACCUGGUGGGCGGCACGGGUCAGAAACCACACUACAGUUUGCGCACACUCUGUCGUGCUCUCAAGUAUGUCGCUGCCAACCCCUGCUACAGCAUCCAGCGCUCCCUCUAUGAGGGCUUCUGUUUGAGUUUCCUGACACAGUUGGACCGCUGCUCCCAUCCCGUGGUGCAGAAACUGGUGGUUCAGCACAUCCUCGCAGGAAAUGUGAAGUGUUUGAAACAGCCAAUCCCAGAGCCCAAGGACCGCCGCUGUGUGCUGAUGGAGGAGUACUGGUUGUCUCAGGGGGAGAUGGAGCCGGCGGUGGACCCUUUCUACAUCCACACUCCAGCUGUCAAACUCAACCUGCGGGACCUGGCCAGAGUGGUGUCUGCUGGUUCCCAUCCGGUGCUAAUCCAGGGGGAGACGUCUGUGGGAAAGACGAGUCUCAUCAAGUGGGUGGCGGCUGCUACAGGCAACCAGUGUGUGAGGAUCAACAACCACGAGCACACUGACAUCCAGGAAUACCUCGGGUGCUACUCCUCCGACGACAGUGGGAAGCUCAUCUUCAAAGAGGGUGUUCUGAUUGAUGCCAUGCGAAAGGGUUACUGGAUCAUUCUGGAUGAGUUGAACCUGGCCCCCACGGAUGUCCUGGAGGCUCUUAACCGUUUGCUCGAUGACAACAGGGAGCUCUUUGUGGCAGAGACACAGGAAGUAGUGAAGGCUCAUCCCAGAUUCAUGCUCUUUGCCACUCAGAAUCCUCCAGGGCUCUACGGUGGCCGAAAGGUGCUGUCAAGGGCCUUUAGGAAUCGCUUUGUUGAGCUCCAUUUUGAUGAGCUGCCCAGUGCUGAGUUGGAAACCAUCCUGCACAGGAGAUGCAGCCUUCCCCCGUCCUACUGCACCAAGCUGGUGGACGUCAUGCAAGAACUUCAGUCAUUGCGCAGGGGCUCCAGUGUGUUUGCGGGGAAGCAUGGUUUCAUCACUUUGAGGGACCUGUUUCGCUGGGCGGAGCGGUACCGGCUUGAAGAGCAGACGGAGGCCUCUCGAGACUGGUUGCAGCAUUUAGCUGAUGAUGGAUUCAUGCUGCUAUCAGGACGAGUCAGAAAACCAGAGGAAGUGGAGACCAUCCAGAACAUUCUAGAAAAGCAUUUUAAGAGGAAAGUGAAUCCAGACGUCCUGUUCUCACAUGAACCUGUCAUCACCCAGUUCAGUCCCUUAAUUGACAGCAUAGCUGGAGUUCCUGAGGAGUUUGGUCAUGUGGUCUGGACCCAGGGCAUGAGGAGGCUGGCGGUGCUUGUAGGUCGAGCGCUGCGGUUUCGAGAGUCUGUUCUGCUGGUGGGAGACACGGGGUGUGGGAAGACCACAAUCUGCCAGCUGUUUGCCACUCUGGCCAGCCAGAGGUUCUUCUCGGUGAACUGCCACUUACACAUGGAGACGUCCGACUUCCUGGGCGGGCUCCGUCCAGUCCGCCACGCCGGCGCCGCUGAGGACGGCCGUCUGUUCGAGUGGCACGACGGACCUCUGGUCAGGGCCAUGAAGGAGGAGGGCGUGUUCCUGAUGGACGAGAUCUCUCUCGCCGACGACUCCGUCCUGGAAAGGCUCAACAGUGUGCUGGAGACGGAGAAGAUGCUGGUGCUGGCAGAGAAAGGCAGCGGUGACGAUGACGACGUGGAGCUCAUCACCGCAGGGGCCAGAUUCCGUCUGGUUGCUACCAUGAACCCAGGGGGAGACUUUGGGAAGAAGGAGCUCUCCCCUGCAUUGAGGAACAGGUUCACAGAGAUCUGGUGUCCCCAGUCCAACAGUCGUUCAGACCUGAUGCUGGUAGUCCAGCACAACCUGCGCUCGGGCCUGUCUCUGGAUGAGCAUGACCAUCAAGGGAAAGACAUUGCUGAGCUUAUGCUAGACUUCAUCGAGUGGCUGACCAAUCAGGACUUUGGGCGGCGCUGCAUCCUGAGCGUGCGAGACAUCCUGUCGUGGGUGAACUUCCUGAACCAGGUGUGCGAGCGGGACGCGGAUGGCUUCAUGACCAUGGGGGAGGAUGAGGAGCAAGACGAGGUGGAGUGGGACCUUCGUCUGAAUACGGUCACAGCUUUCAUCCACGCUGCCUGCCUGGUGUACGUGGAUGGAAUUGGCUCAGGUACCACUGUGUCGGCAGCAGAUAACUGUCUGGCGGCCCGGCAGGCCUGCAUGGACUUCCUGAAGCAGAGACUGAGCAGAGACACCGAGCUGGAUGAGGAGAUACGGGACGCCCUCAGAAUCUACGACACCAGCCUCCACCGAGAGCCAACCUGGGGAGAAGACUUCUUUGGCAUCGACCCUUUUUACAUCCCCAUCGGUCCUGAGAGUGAGAGCAGGAACCUGACCGACUACACCCUUGCGGCGGGCACUACUGCCAUGAACGCCCAGAGACUCCUGCGGGCCCUGAAGCUGCAGAGGCCCGUCCUGCUGGAGGGCUCCCCUGGCGUGGGCAAGACCAGCCUGGUGGCAGCUCUGGCCAAAGCCUCAGGGAACCGCCUCAUCCGGAUCAAUCUGUCUGAACAAACAGAUGUGACCGACUUGUUCGGGACAGAUCUGCCAGUGGAGGGUGGCAAAGGGGGGGAGUUUGCAUGGAGAGAUGGCCCUCUAUUGGCAGCACUGAAGGCUGGCCACUGGAUUGUCCUGGAUGAGCUGAAUCUGGCCUCUCAGUCUGUGCUGGAAGGACUGAACGCCUGCUUCGACCAUCGAGCAGAGAUCUACAUCCCAGAGCUGGGCAUGAGUUUCCAGGUGCAGCACGAGAAGACCAAGAUCUUUGGCUGUCAGAAUCCCUUCACACAGGGCGGAGGUCGCAAGGGCCUCCCAAAAUCAUUCCUCAACAGGUUCACCCAGGUAUAUGUGGAUCAGCUCCCCAGUGAAGACAUGGAAUUUAUCGGGAGUUCCAUCUUCCCAGCGAUCGAUAAACAAAUAAUCUCUAAAAUGGUUCAGUUCAGCAACAGGCUGGUUCAGGAGGUCAGUGUGGAGAGGAGGUGGGGACAGAGAGGGGGGCCUUGGGAGUUCAAUGUGCGUGACAUCUUCCGUUGGUGUCAGCUGAUGCAGGCUGACCAGUCACCUGGCUUCUUCAACCCAGGGCAGCAUGUGGGGCUGGUGUAUGCUGACAGGAUGAGGACUGAGGCAGAUAAGGCCCAGGUGCUGGCUACGUUCAGAAAGGUGUUCGGUGCCGACUUUGAGCCCUACACGGGUUCCCGCCAGUUUCAUAUAACACCACUCAAUCUCCAGGUUGGCUUCUCUGUGCUCACUCGCAGUGGGGGGGCCCCUGUGGCCCUGGACCCGCCCCUGUCCAUCACCCACCACGCGCUGCGUCCUCUGGAGUCCCUGAUGAAGUGUGUGGAGCGGGGCUGGAUGGCCAUCCUGGUGGGCCCCACGGCCAGUGGGAAGACCAGCCUGGUGCAGCUGCUGGCCCUGCUGACGGGCCACCGCCUGCGCGUCAUGGCCAUGAACAGUGCCAUGGACACCACCGAGCUGCUGGGGGGCUUUGAGCAGGUGGACAUCAUCCGACCCUGGCAGCAGGUGCUGGAGAGCGUGGACUAUGUGGUUGCCAUGGUGACACGGCGGGGGCUGAUGUCACUGGACGGAGCAGUGCAGGACACUGAGUUUCUUCUGAGCACAUGGGGGGCUUUCCGCCGCUGGCUAAAGGAGGAGGGGCUUGACCGCACAGAGGGAACAGUCACCUUUGAGGCCCUCAACAAACUGGAGGUCAUCAUUGUCCUCUUGCAGAAGCUCAACACCAAGCUGAAGGUCUUCAUAGACAUGUCCAAGCUGCAGAUGGACUUCACCCUGCUGAAGGAGCGUCUGGCCCAGAUGCAGGACGGCUGGAGCCACGGAGGCUUCGAGUGGCUGGAUGGCAUGCUGGUGCAGGCGCUGCAGGCGGGGGACUGGCUGCUGAUGGACAACGUCAACUUCUGCAGUGCGUCAGUGCUGGACCGUCUAAAUGCCCUGCUGGAGCCUGGUGGUUCUCUGACCAUCAAUGAGAGGGGAGUCAUCGACGGGACGACCCCCAGCAUCACGCCACAUCCCAACUUCAGAUUGUUCCUGGCUAUGGACGCCAUUCAUGGGGAGAUCUCCAGAGCUAUGAGGAACCGGGGAGUUGAGAUCUACAUUCCUGGGGAGCACGAGGCGUUGUGCUGGGAUACCCUGGACCUGAAGACCCUCCUGCACACCGCAGGGGUCAUCGGAGACUGUGUGUGUGACCUGCUCAUGUCCAUCCACUCCGAGAUCAAAGCCACUAUCUGGGAUUCCCCAGCAUCCUCGGUCUCGUCCCUGUUCCAUGCCGCCACUCUGCUGUCCAGCCAGCUGCAGAGAGGAGUGGACCUGCCCAGCGCUCUGCUGCAGGCCUGCGGGGAGGCCUACUCCCUCAGCCAGCGCACCACUGCCAGCCAGAAGCUGGCUCAGGAAGUGAUUGAGCGACAGCUGUCAGUGCUGGACACGGAGGACUGGGGGAACGGGCUGCUGUGUGCUGGCGUCUGGCCAGACAGCGUGCCCUCUGCUCUCUUCUCCACCGAGGACUCCUGCUUCUCCAACGUGCUCAGGGAUGGCCAGGUCCUGUCCUUCUGCCUCAACAGCCUCAACUUGCAGGGCAAAAGGAGUCGACCACUAAGCCUAACUGACCUCCAGAGGGCCAUGCAGAUCGGAGUGCUGCACGAGGGCCAAGUCUUUACAGGCACCGUGGGUGACGUGGGCGCUGAGGACGCCAUACAUCUGCUUCCCACGGCCGUCCGAAUCCUGACUGAGCGAGCCUCCCACAGCGACUGGAUCCUCCGCACCACAUGGCUCUCGCACCUCACCAAGAGCUUCAAACAUGCACCAGAUGCGGUGUUGCUGCAACUGGAGACCGGUAACAGAGCUCUGAAAGCUGUGUUCGGUAGUAAGCUUGCCGGGAAGGGCAAAAGCCUCACAGAACUGCUACAGCCACAUAGCACAGAUGACUACAGGAUCAUGGUAGACAUGCGAUGGAACAAACAGUACCUGGACAUUCUAGCCAACACGUGUAACUUUGAGGAUGAGGAAAGAUACAUGGAGUUCAUGGAUGCUCUGAAUGCGGUUGCAAACAGGAUUAUUCUACUGAUGGACAGAGAGGAGAGGGCAGCCACCGGAGCCUUGGCAGGAAACGCAUCUCCACAUAACAGCGCUCUGAGACUAGCCACAGCCUAUUCAAAAGGCUCAAUGGACAUCAGCCACCUGCCCCACCCCGUGCUGGUCCACCUGCGCUCCUUCUUUGACCAGUGGGACUCCUUUGUGCUGCAGGCUCUGCAGACCGGCCAGCCAUACAUCUCCGAUCACCUCAUGUUUGAGAUCCUGCAGCUGCUCCAGUGGAGGGAUCGUUUCUGGCACGUGUGUAACUCUCUGGCGGCCGACACACGGGGAGUGUGUGUUCUGUCACUGCACUGGCAGUGGGUCCACAAACACCUCAUCCUCAGGCUGCCCCAGCUACUCAUGGGAGAUGGAAACUAUGAUGGUCAGCAGGAGAUGCAGGCAAUCUCCACAGCCAUCCAGAACACGCUGUCCAGCUCCGCCUCCGUGGCCUCUGCUCUGAAAGGCAUUCAGAAGACCUUAGGAAAACCACUGCCAUUCAAGUUGGACUCAGUAGCCGAGUGUGCCUCUCGAUUGCGCGUCCUCACCAAGGCCUUAAACGUGGAGGAUCUGCGGCUGGACAGCUCAUCAUCACUAUGGAGACAGGAAAUGGCACGUCUUCAGGGAGCUGUGUUGGGGCUGGACUCCAAGGAGAGUCUGCUGGAAGCUUUAGGCCUGGUCCUAAAGGCAAACCACCAGUUGGAACCACAGCAAUCAGGAGUGCUGGAGAGGUUGGUUUCCUGUGUGGAACAGCAGCAGAGUCACUUGGCCUCCUGCGGUGUGCUGGAUUCUGGCUCCGAGGGACGACACGAGGACGACGGCGCCCCACCCUGCCGGGAGGUCCUACAGCAGCUGGCACGCAGGGCGCAGCUCUGGCCAGUCCUGGAGCAGCUGGCUGUCCUCAACCAGCUGAGGGUCACAGCAGACCUGCUGCAGCUCUCAAUCUCACCUGGGGAUGGAGAGACAGUGAAUGCGGUACGCAGUGGGGUCUCCCAACACCUCCGCUUCUGUCUGCAGUCCACCCCCAUCAACAUCCGUCAGCUCCAUCCACUCUGGUUCCUGCUGAGCAGCGAACGGCCUGUGGAGGCACUGCAGUUUGUGUGGUGUGAGCUGCUGUCUGAGGUACUGGUGGCGUUCUGGAGUAGCAGUGUAACCACUAACCCGGAGCGCUGGCUAAAGUGGAACCCCCUAAGCCUCGAAGAGCAAAAGGCCACACGCUCCCUGCUGAGUCCAUCUGAUACGGGCCCAGGAAUGCUGAGUCGAGCAGUUUGGUCCAAAUGCAUGCUGGGAAUCUUGAGCAGCAGUGACACAGGUUGCCGGUGGGACCCCACAGGGACGUCCUUCCUGUCCUCGUCUCGAGUCACACUGGGGGAGUGGAGAGAGAGGACAUCUCAGCUCCAGGACCUCCGGGCGGUACUGUGGGACAGCAUGGCUCUCCCAGCACUGGCUGAAUUUAGGCGAACGGACAGCAGACUGCAAGGGCUGGUCCUACGCAAGCAGCUCCACUCUCUGUCUGACCUACUGCCUCCAGGCCUUCAGGAGAGCUACGCUGAGAGUUGUGAGAACCUCACAGACGGACCAGACCCCGUCACAGCUGCUCAGGACGUCCAGGCUGCCCUCAGGGAAGGCCUCCCUGAAAACCUGCUCCCCGAGGGGUUCCUGGACACCCUCAUCACCUGCAUGCAGCAGUUUGUGCAGAACCAGGUCCACAGCUCAGUCCAGAUGGCGUGGUCUGGGGUGUUCUGGGUGAACAUGGGUCUUCUGCAGAUCCAGGUGUGGACGCCUCAGACCAUUUUCGAUCCUGCCGUGAAACGAGCCUACAAGCUCAGUUAUGCCAAAGAGGAGCUGGCUUUGCUACAGGAGGAGUGGAGGGGGCGUAGCUUGUCCUCCCAUCUCCUCACAGGAGUGGGCCUGGAAGAAAGCAGCACCACAGAUGGUUUCCAGCACCCCCGCAUCAGGUACCUGUGGAUCCGCAUGCAGCAGGUGGACGAGCAGAUAUCGGAGCUGUCCAGGAAGCAGGCCUGCCGCCCCAGUGAGCCGCAGUAUGGCCGCCUCUACCAGGAGCUUCAACACUACCUCUGCAGCAUCGGCCAGCCAGCCGCUGUCCGUGACCUGCUGUCCCACCUGUUGAAGGCCCUGCAGGGGCCGGGGCCCAAAUCCCGGAUGGGGAUCCAGAGCUUGCUGAAGGAGGAGGCAGUGUGGCAGGCCUCCCAGCAGCGCUUUGCCCAGAGGCUGGCCGAGGAGUACCCACUGUACCCGGAUGUCGUCGGGCCUCUGCGGGCAGCUAUUCUGCAGAUCCAGCAUGGCAUGAGGCUGGUGGCAUCAACCGUGUCCUCCUCCCUCACGUCAUUGCCAGGGCUGCCCAAGCUGGUGUCCUGUCUGCUGGUCUUCCCCUCCCUGGGCAGCACCCUGCCCUCUUACCUGGCCUAUGCUGACUUCUUGUGCUCCAGGGCCAGCAUGGAUGUGCUGAGGGGCCUGACCAAACUGCUGCCUCAGGGAGACUCGCCGGCUCGCUGGGUCCCCGACCCCUCCACUCUGCUGCUCAAUGCCCUGUUGUACGUGCAGUGCCACGCCCUCUCCACGGGGCAGCUCGGGCCAGAGGCACGCAAGCUCUUCAGACAUAUCUGCCAGGCGCUGGUGAACGAGUGGGACGAGCAGGAGAGGAGAGCGCGGGAGAAGGAGCAGGAGGACGCCAGCCUGUACUUCAGCCGCAGCAAGCAGCACGGCAGCCACCUGACAGAGGACGAGCAGGAAGAGAGGGAGUUCAGGCGCGCCUUCCCUGCAUUCCAGAAGGACUUUGCUGACAUUGUCUGUGAGCCUACUCUGGAGACGCCAGAGGAGGACCUGGAGGAGGACCAGGAGGAGGAGGACCAGCUGAGCGAGGGUGGCCUCCUGUCAGCCGCCUGUCUGCAGACAGUGGUGCAGGUCCAUCAGAGGCUGUGUCUGACCCACUCCCAAUCACUGUGGUACCAGAACAGGGCCAAGGCAGACGACCCAAGCAAGGAUUAUGUCAGCACUCUGGUCUCUUCCUAUCAAAUUGCAGCUCCUGUGAUAUCACGCUUCUACCAUCUUAUAGAUGCGGAAAUGGAUCCACAGCUCCUGGGCUCCACCUUGCUGCUGUGCUGCCUUCUCCAGAACACGGUGCGGGGCACCAAGGCUCCUGGCAGCCUGAGCCUGCAGGCAGAGGGGCCUUACGACUUCUACCAGCAGCCUAACAUGAGCCAGGCCCGCCUCUGCCUCCCUGUGCUGGAGCAGCUGGGCCAGGCCGUCAGACAGCGUCUGGAGGAGUGGCCGGAGCACCCAGCCCUCAUGCAGAUCACUGUGGUGAUGGAGCGCAUCAUGACCUUCAGCUUGUCAAGCCCUCUGGCCAAGUUCCUCAACGGCCUGGAGAUCUUACUAACCAAAGCCCAGGAUUGGGAAAGCAACGCUAGUCGGUCUGUGUCCUUAAAGAGGGAGCUAGAGGCCGUCACACAGCUCAUCGUUCAGUGGCGCAAGCUCGAGCUGAGCUGUUGGUCCAGCAGCCUUGACCACGCCAUGAAACGCCACACAGAGAGGUCUGUUAAGCACUGGUUCUCCAUCUACCAGCUGCUGGAGAGAUACCUUCUGGAACAGAGAAUGGAGCCCCUCACUGAGGGUGACCCUGGAGGAGCAGAGCUAACUCUGGGGUCGGUGGCGACCACCCUGCAAGCCUUCCUGGAGGGUUCCUCUCUGGGAGAGUUCCACACACGCUUGGCCAUGCUGCUCAACUUCCACUGCCAUCUCCUGUUGGCUCCCCCGCAGGACGGUCAGGAUGCGUUAUGCAACCUACUAUGGAAUCUGUACAAAUACUACUCUCAGUUCUCCGAGGGUGUGCAGGCCAAACUCACUCAGCUGCGCAAGCCCAUUGAGAAGGAGCUCAAGGAUUAUGUCAAGAUCUCCAAGUGGAAUGAUGUGAGUUUCUGGUCCAUUAAACAGUCCGUGGAAAAGACUCAUCGGAUCCUCUUCAAGUUUGUGAAGAAGUUUGAGGCUUCCCUGAGUGAGCCCUGUGCCCCUGCCCUAGUGGAGCAGGGCAGCAGUGCCAGCCCAGAUAGUGUCGAUGUCAAUCCUGAGGACACACCCUUGCUGCGGGUGCACCGGGCUCUCAAGAGCGCCAUCCCAGGGAAGGGCAGAGACCUGCAGAGUGAUGUCCCAGAGGAGAGUGCCUCAGGACCGGAACCCACCUCUCUGCUGGGCCGCCUGCCCCUCCUCUUCAGGAGGAUGAGGAAGAUGUGUGUGCAGCUGGUGAAGAAGAGCUCCAUGCCUGACCUCUCCGAGGACCUGGACCAGUUCACGGCUGAGAUCAUCUCGAACGUGCGGGACCUGCAGAGCCUGAAUGUGGACGUGUCUGCGGAGAAGGAGCGGCAGAAGGCCGAGGUCAAGCACAUCCUGCAGCAGAAGCAGCGAGGGCUUUCUGACCUCUUCAAGAUGCUGGCUCAGAUCGGCCUGUCGUAUCGCAAGGGUCUGACGUGGAACCGCACAGCUGAUCCAGAGGAGCUGUUGUGUCUCCAGCCUCUAGAGCUGUCCACAGCUCUGUCCACAGUUAGGACAGACGGCCAGACAGAGAAGACGUUAUUUGCUGAGAUGACAAAUGCUUGGGAAGGAUGCCAGAAGUACUUCUAUCACUCCUGGGCUAGAAGGACAGUCUUACAUACUUCUCUUCAGAGUGCUGCGAAGGAGCUGGGUUUGGGCAACAUUGAGCGCUGUCGGGGUUUCUCGUCCCACCUGUUCAAGCUGUUGCUCAGACAGAGGAGACGUUUGGCCAAACUCACGGAAAACUGGGUCCAUCUCAGGUGUCUCAUCGAUGGUGUGCAAGAACUCCAGUCCCACCUGGAGGACAGCAGCCCGCAGAAUGAUUCGGUCCUGCCCCCACAGCAGCCUUUGCAGCUGUGGUUGUUGCGGGCCCAGACCCUGGCCUCUCAGUGCAGCAUGGCCCUCCAACAGCUGGCCUUGGUGCUCCAGUGCUGCCCCGAGGGACCCCCCACGCCUGGUGAGGGCCUCGGGGAGCCCGAGGAGCCCACGCUCAGGCAGGCCUCUCCCCUGGAUGCCCACUGCCAGCCUCCAGGGUGCCUGAUGAGGAAAGGAGACCCAGCCUGGAGCCAGCUGGUCCAGAGUGUGGAGCACAUGCUGACGGAGAGUCGAGCUGUGAAGGAGCAGCUGGAUGGCGUCACGCAACAAAACUCAGAGUGGGCUCUGCACACAUGGGGCCGAUUCACGCUAUGCGGAUCAGCGCUGGAUCGGCUUGGGGCUGUGGUGGCACAGAUGCCCAAGGUGGAGCAGCUCUUUACCCCUGAAGAAGCAUUUAGCAACCAGGCCCCGCCAGCACUGAUAAAGGGUCUCCAGUGUGUCAGGGAAGAGGUGGAGUCCAGCCUGACUGAAUACACCACCUGGAAAACCCAACUUCUCUCUUUGGGACCCUCUCAGGCGGAUUUCCCGCAGACGUUCUCCUCUGAGUUCUCCGAGCAGCUGGAGCAGGCCAUCAACACAGUGCUGGUUGCCGUACAGAACCUGGUGAAGAGGAGGGAAGCCCAGCAGCAGCCGGACGACCAGCAGUCUGAAAGCAAACAAGGGAGUGAUGAGGAGGUGCCUGAGGACCUGCUCAAGCCAGGGCACCUGAAUCGACUCCUGGAUGAGGAUCUGGGCGCUGAGGUCUUGUGCCUGACACUGCCAGAGGUCAAUGCAGUUGUGGAACAGCUGCUGGAGACUAUUCGGGUUUAUAGAGACUCCUGUCCACCUCAGAAACUACAGGAGCUCAGUGAGGCCUGCAGGUUACUGGUACGCCUGGAGCCCAUGCUGGGUGUAUACUCAGAGCUGGUGCGCUUCUACCUGGCAGUGUGUCUGGGGACCCACAGGAGCACAGGGAAGCUCCUCUCAGUGCUGGCCAGCAUCUUUACUGAGCUCGCUCAAAAGGGGUUCUGCCUGCCACAGGAGCUGAUGGAGGGGGGAGACGGGGAGGGAGCCACUGAGUUCCACGACUACGAAGGAGGCGGCAUCGGAGAGGGCGAGGGCGUGAAAGAUGUCAGUGACAAGAUCGAGAAUGAGGAGCAGGUGGAGGACACCUUCCAGCAGGGGCAGGAGAAGAAGGAGGAGGAGGAGCAGAAGGAGAACAUCAAGGAGGAGGACAACGCCAUCGAGAUGUCUGAUGACUUCGAUGGGAAGAUGCAUGACGGCGAGGAGAGGGAACCAGGGGAAGAUGAAGAGGAAUCCGACAAAGAGGAUGAGGAGUUAGAAAAGAAGAUGGGCGACCUGGGUGAGGGUCAAACAGACACUUUGGAUGAGAGGAUGUGGGGGGAUGAUGAUGAUGAUGAUGAUGACAACGACGACGACCUGGACGGCAGCGACAGAGAAGAAGAGUCAGGUCCAGGAAUGGACCAGGGGGAAUCUGAGCUUGUUGCCAAGGACGACAACCAGGGUGCCAGUGACGCCAAUGACAACAAGAAGCAGGACAAAGAGCAGGUCCCAGAAGAGGAAGAUGGGAAGGAGAAGAUCCAUGAACAAGAAGAUGAGCGGGAGUUUGAUGAAAAUGAAGUGGACCCGUAUCAUGGCAAGCAAAAGAAGAAUGCAGACCCAGAGCCCAUGGAUCUGCCUGAGGAGCUCAAGCUGGAUGAAGAAGAGAAGGGUGGAGAGGAGGAUGGUGAAGAGGGAGACGAGGAGAAUCCCUUCGAUAUUGAAGACAAGCCCGUGGACCUGGAGGACAAGCAGGGGGCGGAGAAGGAGGGGGAGGAGGAGGAGGGCGGGGAGCACGGUGAGGAGAUGGCAGAGGACAAGCAGGACGGCCAAGGGGAGGAAGAGGACGGUGACGAGAAGUCCAUUGAUGGUGAAGAAAAGAUGAAGGGGGAGGAGGAUGAGCCCAUGCUUGAUGAGACUGCAGAGGAAGAAAAGCCUGAGGAGGAGGAGGAGGAGAACCAAGGUCCAGAGGCCAGGAAAGAGAAGGAGCAGGCUACUCCUUCUGGACCCAAUCCUAAGGAGGAGGAGGAGGGUGCUGAGGAUGAUGAGAAUAAGCCAGAGUCGGACAAGAGGAAGGAACAUGACACUGAUGGCCAGACAGGAGAUGAGAACGUCCAGAGCGAGACAGCAGUGGAGCUGGCCGGAGCUGCAUCUGAGAGAGACCAAGCCAAAGAGGAACAUGGCAGUGGAGCAGCAGAUGCCAGUCAGACUGAGGGCCAUGACUCCAAGCUGAUGGCUCGAGUUUCUGCUCUGAAACAAAGUCAGAAAAAGACACAGAGCUUCAAACGGAAGCCUGGGCAAGCAGACAAUGAGCGCACGAUGGGCGACUACAACGAGCGCAUCAACAAGCGCCUGCGGACCGUGGACAACCGGGAGGAGCGCAUGGAGGACGGCAGCAACCCCAACAGCCAGCAGGAGUCCGACCUCUAUGAGCACAUUAGAGAGGGGGAGCAGAACCACGACGCUCAGACCUACGAUGUAGCCAGCGCUGACCAGCAGAAGCCUGCUGGUGCUCAGCCCAAGCAUGAGGAGGAGGAGGAGGAGGACAUCGCCAUGGAUACAGAGGAGCAGGAGGAAGACCUCAAGGCUGUGGAGGCCCAAGAGCUGAAACCUGAGCAGCUGGAGUCGGCUAAAGCGAGACGGAAAGGUUUGGAGAGUGGAGAGCUGGAGCCGCAGAGGCAGGGAGAGGAGGAAGAGGAGGAGAGUAAGCCAGAGCUCAAGAGGGGACAUGAUGAAGAGCGUCCUGAGAGGAGCACUGAGUCCACUAUCCACACGGUCCCUGAACUUCUAGUAGACAUGCUGAAGCUUCCUAUUCGAGACCCUGAGGAGUUGAGGCGGGAGAUGGAGCAGCAGCUGGAAGCAUGGCAGAAGCAGCCCCCUGGAGCCCCGGAGGAGGAGAGCAUGGCAGCUGCCAUGUGGCACCAGUACCAGGCCCUGACUGGCAGCCUCGCCCAGCAGCUGUGUGAGCAGCUCCGCCUCAUCCUGGAGCCCACACAGGCGGCCAAGCUCAAGGGAGAUUUCCGCACGGGGAAGAGACUGAACAUGCGCAAGGUCAUCCCUUACAUUGCCAGCCAGUUCCGCAAAGAUAAAAUCUGGUUGCGAAGGACCAAACCCAGCAAGAGGGAGUAUCAGAUCUGUCUGGCUGUGGAUGACUCCUCCAGCAUGGUGGAUAACCACUCCAAACAGCUGGCCUUUGAGUCCCUGUCAGUGAUUGUAAAUGCUCUUACGCUGCUGGAGGUUGGACAGGUGUCCGUCUGCAGCUUUGGGGAGACGGUCCAACUACUGCAUCCUUUCCAUCAGCAGUUUAAUGAGCAGUCAGGGGCCAGAAUACUGAGGCUCUGUCAGUUUCAGCAGAAGAAGACCAGGAUAGCACAGUUUUUGGAGACUUCAGCCAAUAUGUUUGUGGCAGCAAAACAACACUCCCCUGGCUUCACAAACACAGACACAGCCCAGCUUCUGCUGAUCGUGUCCGACGGUAGAGGGCUCUUCCUGGAGGGGAAGGAGAGGGUGACGGCAGCGGUGCAGGCUGCUCGCAGUGCCAAUAUCUUUGUCAUAUUUGUGGUGCUGGACAACCCCAACUCAAGGGAUUCCAUUCUGGACAUCAAAGUCCCCAUCUUCAAGGGUCCAGGAGAGAUGCCAGAGAUCCAUUCCUACAUGGAGGAGUUCCCCUUCCCCUUCUACGUCAUCCUACGUGAUGUGAACAGCUUGCCAGAGACGCUGAGCGACGCACUCAGGCAAUGGUUUGAACUUGUGACAGCAACUGACCAGUAGGUCGCAGGGGAAGCCAUUUUGAUAUCGCAGGGGCCACAUACAAACUGCACAAAGCCACGCUGCUGCUACCAGCCUCCCGAACACAGAAACGAAGAACUCACAACACGGACCUGCUGCUGUACAUGUGCCUUUUCUUUGGGAAUUUGAGUCUUAUUUUGAUAGCUAGUCGUUUGAUAGCAAUGUUCGCUCUUUUCGUCCUUGUCAUGAGGAGAUGGACUCAGGAGAGCCGAGAUCUUUGUUUUUUGUUUGUGAAAAUCAUUGCUCAACCUUGCACGCCUUUUUACAGAAAUCAAAUGAAAUGUGACUCCUUUCAUUAUUAAACACUUCAAUGUGACCGUAUGGACAGGCUGAAAUACCUCUCCCCCUGCAGUAUUUCAGAUUCACUAUGUCCUCAUUCUACACAAAUGUGAACACAAACAUGGACUUGGGAUCAUUCAGUAUGGGUGGCACUGCCAGCAUUGUUUAUCUUAUCAUGUCAAAAAGAAAUGCAUGUCAACAGUUCUCUUGAUACCUUCAAUUAUUCAAAAAAAAAUGUGCCUUGAAGGAAAAUCCGCUUUUAAUUUCAACACUGCAGAUAAAGCAAGGGUUAUUUCUUUAAAAAAAAACAAAAAAAACUGAUAUUCUCCCAUCUGCCUGAACCUUUGGAAUAACAUCCUGAUUUUGAAUAACCAAAGGGGUCUCCACUAAACAAUAACAUAUCAGUUCUCUCUCUCUCUCUCUCGUUCUCUCUCUGUCCUUCUUUCUGUCUUGAUUUAAGUUUACACACAAAUUGUAAUAUGGAGGAUAUGUGUAUGUUUGUAUGUAUGUAUGUCCAAACACACUGAGAAAAUGUAAGGUACUGACCUGUCGUUCAGCAGCAUUUUAAUGUAAUUUCCUGUCUAGAUACAAUUUCUAGAUACAAUAUAUUGAGGGUCACUCUUGUCAGAUGAAAGUGAGUUAGCAGUUGCUUGUUUUCUUAGAGUAACAAUGUAGAAGGAUUUAUUAAUUAUGUGGUAUAUAUUAGCUAGUGCUAGCUAACUGAACAUAAAUUAUUUUCCAUGUCAUCUCUCCUUCCACUCAUAAAAAAUCUUCCAUCUCGGUUCAGUAUUACAGAAUUAUAAUGGUUACAAUAAAUUUGGGGCCUGUGUUUUCAUUA